AGACAGGUAGCUUAUAAGAUAUUGGACUGCUACUCCUUGAUUUUUGUGCCGCCUGUCUCCUUCGAGAUUCCUACCCGAUCACUAACAAGCUGAGCCGCCGCCACAACCACUGCAAGCCAAGCCUGUUUUUCUAACUUAUUUGAAAAAUGGCAGCUGCAGCACUAGGCCAACGACUGCAAAUUGCGGGAGAGCGGCAAAGCGGCCAAGAUGUGCGUACUCAGAACGUGACGGCAGUGACUGCAGUGGCGAACAUAGUGAAAAGUAGCUUGGGGCCAGUGGGCUUGGACAAGAUGCUUGUGGAUGACAUCGGUGACGUGACAAUUACAAAUGACGGCGCUACUAUCUUACGUCUGCUGGAGGUGGAGCACCCAGCGGCAAAGAUUCUGGUUGAGCUAGCGGAGCUUCAGGACGCUGAGGUGGGUGACGGCACCACCUCGGUGGUCAUCCUGGCUGCGGAGUUGUUAAAGCGAGCCAACGAGCUCGUGAACAACAAAAUCCACCCAACCAACAUCAUUGCUGGCUACCGCUUGGCCAUGCGGGAGGCGUGCAAGUUCAUUGAGGAGCGCAUGGCCACCAGCACUGACGACCUGGGCACGGAGACGCUGCUCAACGCGGCCCGCACCUCCAUGUCGUCCAAGAUUGUGGGGGCCGAGGGCGACUUCUUCGCGCGCAUGGUUGUGGAUGCCAUGAACGCGGUCAAGACCACUGACGAGAUUACGGGCCGUACCCGGUACCCCGUCAAGGCCGUCAACGUGCUCAAGGCACACGGCAAGAGCGCCCGAGAAUCAGUCCUGCUCAACGGCUAUGCACUCAAUCUCGGUCGCGCGGCGCAGGGCAUGCCCAAACGCCUGGCCGGUGGCGUCAAGAUCGCGUGCCUGGACAUGAACCUCCAGAAGGCGCGAAUGAUGAUGGGUGUGCAGGUACUUGUGAACGAUCCCAAAGAGCUGGAGAAGAUUCGCGAGCGCGAGUCGGACAUCACCAAGGAGCGCAUCCAGAAAAUCCUUGACGCGGGAGCCAAGGUCAUCCUCACCACCAAGGGCAUUGACGACAUGGCCCUCAAGUACUUUGUUGAGGCGGGGGCCAUUGCUUGCCGCCGGGUGGAGAAGGACGAUCUGCGUCGCAUCGCCAAGGCCACCGGCGCAACGGUGGUUCUGACCUUGGCCGACAUGGACGGCAACGAGACCUUCGACCCAGCUCACCUGGGCUCGGCGGAGGAGGUGGUUGAGGAGCGGGUGGCGGAUGACAACAUGAUCAUGAUCAAGGGCUGCAAGUUCUCAAAGGCGGUUACGUUGCUGCUGCGUGGCGCCAAUGACUACAUGCUGGACGAGAUGGACCGCUCCAUCCACGACUCGCUCUGCGUCGUCAAGCGCGUGCUUGAGUCGGGCAAUGUCGUGCCAGGCGGCGGCGCUGUUGAGGCGGCGCUGUCCAUAUACCUGGAGAACUACGCGACCACGCUGGGCAGUCGCGAGCAGCUGGCCAUUGGCGAGUUUGCCAACGCGCUACUGGUGCUGCCCAAGACGCUAGCUGUCAACGCGGCCAAGGACGCCACAGAACUGGUGGCGGCUCUCCGUGCCUACCACUACAAGGCUCAGACGCAGCCGGACCAGGCAGUGUGUGCGCAGUACGGGCUGGACCUGGUGGAGGGCAAGGUGCGCAACAACGUGGAGGCGGGAGUGCUGGAGCCAGCCAUGAGCAAGCUCAAAAUGAUCCAGUUCGCAACGGAGGCCGCGAUCACUAUCCUCCGCAUCGACGACCUAAUCAGGUUGGAACCGCAGCAGGAUGCUGGCGAUGACUGAGGGCGUCCCAGGGGCUGUGGCUGUGCGUCGGAGUUGAGUUUUGUCAUGUCGUAUGUAAUGAUAUCGCGGGUGAAUGCAGGGGGUCCGUGCAGUGUGCAUGCAGGCGGGGUGUAUUUCGGGGGGGGCAAAUUCUGGAUCGCAACGUGCGGGACUUCACUUUCACCUGGCCCGUACACGUAGUUAUCGCCCGUGGAGGGGGGGGCCAGGUGGUGGCGGUGCAAUCAAGCGAUUCUCCUUGUUAAGCUGGUUCGGGUGGGCAGAGAGAGGUAUUGUGCUUGGACGAUGGUUGGCCAAAGAACGGAUGAGGCAAUCGUAGCUGGAUUUCGGUGUAAUUACAAAUGCGGUGG